CUCCCAGGAUUUCUAGUUUAAGUGAGAGUGUCGGGGAUCAGUUGAGCGCGCCCUCGUAAUCCUCAAUUGAGACAGCCAGUUAUGUCUUCAAUGGAAGAAACACCUUCCCCUCCAAAGCGUCGAUUGUCGUGCGCCACCUACUUCGACGCCCUCUGGUUUUGCUAUUCUCCGGUGCAUCAGAUGCAACAGUAUUAUAGACUUGGGUCACUUGAUAACUGUUCUGGGAAAUGGACUUCUCUGGUUGAUUGCUUGGUUUUGAAGACGAAGCGGUCAUCUGAAGUGCAGGAAAUUUUGGAAACUCGGGAGAAAGGCAAGUCUCACAUCUGGACUUUUCGAACUCGAGAAGAAGCAUCAGUUAACUGGAAAGAACAAUUUGGAGAUUUAGAUGAAGUGGAAUGACUGAGAUUCAGUCCGGUAUUCGUCUUUGCUGCCCCUCUCAACUUUUUCCCUACAAUCGGAGAGAGAUGUGCGCUUACAAUAUUAUUUUCCUGUAGAAUUUUGUUUAUUUUUGUCAGGAAACUCAAAUGAUUAAUUUGAAGACACACAAACGAGACGCAGAUAAACAUUUUUGAUCAUUGGUAGCAAUAAUAUCAAAUAUUUUUUCAGUA